AACGGAAUAGUCGUCGACCGGCAUCCGUAGCGUGCGCAUCUCUCUUUCCCUUUUGCACUGAGGUUGUAGUCGUGAUAACGGGAAAUCAGCGAGAGCGAAAACGUAACACACCAACGGUAACGGUAACAGUAACAGUAACAGUAACGGUACGAGUGUAAAAAUAGAGAGAACGCCAAAAAUCCCGAUAAAGGACUAACCGAAACACAAAUGUCGAAGGCGAUGCCAGUGCCGUUCUGGGCCGUGCUGCUCUUCCUGGCCAGCUGCAUGCCACUGCCCCGCGUCUCGGGCGGCUCCUGUCGGGAGGCGCAGCUCUGCUGCACCGGACGCGACUCCUCCUGCGUCGUCCAGAAGGCGCCCAUCAACGCCAUCAUCGAGGACCUCAGCGACAAGCCCUGCUACUGCGACCAUGCCUGCCUGAAGCUCGGCGACUGCUGUGACGACUUCAAGGAUCAUUGUGGGGUGCUGGACUGCCAGGUGGGUGACUGGGGUGCCUGGAGCGAGUGUGACAAGAGCUGCGGCACCGGCAUGAUGACCCGCACCCGCCAGAUCCUUCAGGCGGCCCAAAAUGGCGGCAAGCACUGCCCCACGCUGCUCCAGAAGCGCGGAUGCCAGGGAUACCGCUGCCACGGACAUCGCGACAAAAAGAUCCUCAGAGAAAUGGCCUUGCUCCUGCCGGCUGCACUUUCCCACAACCGACACGCCAACGACAGCAGCGACAUCCGCCGGAAUCUGCGCAUGCGCUACCACGACUCUUACAAACACAACCGCGAUCACGAAUACUGUGUGGAAUUUGAAGUCAUAAAGUCCUCCAAGGCCUGCCACAAGUUGCCGCCCUAUAAUCUGAUGUUGGAAGGCGAUCGCAUCACAGUGCGUUGCGACCUGGAGGCUUUCAUUCAGGACUCGAUUGCCAGCUCCACCACCACCAAGCCGCCUGCCCCCAGCCACGCCCCCUUGCCCAGUGACCCAAUAGAGGAGGGGGAGGAGAGCAGCAGCAGCAGCAGUGACGACAGCACCAACAAGGAGGAGGACGACGAGGAGCAGGAUGGAGAGCCGGAGGAGCAAGAUGACCUGCAGAACACACUGGACACGGGCAGUAAUGAGAGUUUCGAGUACCGCCAUCAGCGUCAGGAGAGAAGGAAUCCCCGCAAGCCGCGCAAUCCCAUACCGGUCACGCCCCCCUCCCCGGUUACGCCCACGCCGGCGCCCAGCUACCAUUGCCGGGGCGAGGGUCUGGCCGGGCGUACGACGCGCUGGACCGCGCUGCCGGCGCCCUCGUGCCGGGGCAAGUGGCUCCGCCUGACCGUCGGACCGCCCAAGAAGUGCAACCAUGCGCAGUUCAUCUUCGUCUAGGGAUCCUCGGGAUCCAGGAAUCCUAGCGAUCGCCGAUAAAUACAUAUAUAAUUUUUUUUUUUGAAAAAUGGUGUACGGCUGAGGCAGCGGCUGAGACCCUUUCCCCUCUCUCAUAUCAUAUCAUAUCUAAAGAAUCACUAUGUCCAUGCUCUUGAACCCCGAGUCUCCAUCCCGUUCUGCUCCUGCCACGCCCCUUUAAUGUCCGAAAGACACAAGUACUCCAUCGUAUGUAAGCAUUUAAGCAUUAAGCCAGAGGUCUAAGAGUAAAAAAGCAGCAUAAAAAACGGAUGAAUGUAAGGUGAGGUCUUGUAGAUGAUUUUUUUUUUGUGAAGAGCCACAGCGAUCCGAGGGGAUUCGGGUACAGAGCCAACAAAACAUUGGAGGCAGGAAGGUAAAGGCGGUAAAGACGGUCCUUUUUCCGCUUCAAUGGCUGUUGGGACGAGUCCUCGGUAGCCGUGUUCUUAGUAGUUUAGGGCGCCUUAAGGGCCUGACCCCCGUGACCCCUCCAACAUAAAGAAGAAUGCCCAAUUCUUGGAUCGGAUAAUACUAGAAUUUAGGGACUAAGUCUUCAAAAUGCCGCCUAACACCGCCACAGAUUAUCAACCAUAAUAUGAUAUGGGCUUUAUGGCAUAAGAAUAUAUAUAUAUAUAUAUAAUAAUAUAUAUGGAUAUUGGAUGUGUAUGAGUGUAUCUGUAACAGGUAGUUCUGUCUUCGACUUCUUCGAGACCCACGCGGUUCAUGUCCCAAGUGGUUGAGGGUACAAAGUAGUACGCUUUAUGAUUUAAAUAUUCCAAACUGGCAACAAAAUCACUCCCAUUGUUCUGGAAUCGGAACAAACGUCCGGUACUUAGCAUUAAUCUGGACAUUAGGUACACACGAAUCUCGAAAAUAAUUCAUAAAAUUAUAAUUAAACUAAUAAUGAGAUCAUUCAAUAAAGAAAAAGUAUAA